AUGGGAGGCUCACUUUCACGAAUGUGGUCCCUGAUCUGGGCGAAAAAGGAGAUUCGGAUUUUGAUUUUAGGUCUUGAUAACGCCGGCAAAACGACACUUUUGUAUAGAUUAAAGAUUGGCGAGGUUGUUACCACGAUUCCUACCAUCGGCUUCAAUGUCGAAUCCGUCACUUACAAAAAUUUAAACCUAAAUGUUUGGGAUCUCGGUGGUCAAACCUCCAUCCGUCCUUACUGGAGAUGCUACUACGCCAACACCGCCGCCGUUGUCUUCGUGAUAGAUUCCACAGAUAUCGAGCGAUUAGGGAUUGCAGCUGAUGAAUUGGCGGCCAUGUUGAACGAGGAGGAACUCCGGGACGCCGCGCUACUGGUUUUCGCCAACAAACAGGAUCAACCCGGUGCAAAGGGAGCGGGAGAGAUCUCGGAGGCGCUGAAAUUGGGGGAAUUGCGUGAUCGGAAUUGGAGCAUUGUUGCUUGCUCGGCUAUUGAUGGCAAAGGUAUUAAUGAAGGCAUGGACUGGUUGGUGCAAACGAUUCAAUCAGAGAAUGCAUGA